ACGAGAGAAGCAGAGAGACUGAGCUGGUGCAGGCACAAUUUUUUUUAUCUUCCUUAACACGGACAGCAAUCUCCAAGUUAGUGGUAAAUCAGAAACACAUCUCCUGAGAAGGUAUUUGAAUUUUGUUUGAUGCAUCUUUGAGAGAAGAGAACAUUUUACUCACACACCCUAAUCUGACAUGGGCACUGAGGAGAAAGAUUCAGAGCCUGCAGCUCAACAACCAAAGGAGCAUGGAUCACCAGAGAAGGAGAAGGAAUCUGCUGUGGAGCCUCCACCAGGACAAAUAUCUGACACCACCGACACCCUCAAUACAUACAGUUGGCAAACCGGCUCCAAAGGGACGCUUGAUGAUGUGAAAGAACAAGGAGAGGGAGAAGCAGCUUCUUCUACAUCUACAAUCGACAAGAUCCAGAAGGCCUCCUCUAACAAAUGGAGCAAGAUGCAGAACUGGCGCAAGGCCCUGAGCGAGGACCCUGGAGAUAAAAAUUCAUCUGGAGGGAAAGGUGGAGAGGUAGCCAAGCCGGAUAAAGGUGCCAGUGGAACCAGAAAGAACCCCUUCAGAAGGGCCCUGUCUGAGCCUCCGGGGUCCCUGUUUGCAGCCCUGUCCUCCAGCGCAGCCGGCUCAGCCAACGCAGCUUCGUGCUCAGCUGCCGCAGAGGCCUCGGCAGUCUCCUCUACAGACCCUUCACAGAAGGCAGGCGGAGGGGCACUCUUUAAAAAGUACCUGAGGACUGUUUCCCAGAAGCUCAAGAGGCCCAAGCUGCAAAGUCGGAGCAGCAACCCGGCAUUACUCCAUGAUGCGGGAAAGGCUGUACCUACUGAACUGCCACGACUACAAUGGGCCCCACCUCAAGAGGUCCCCAUCUGGGACAUCAGCAACUGUAACCUUGAAGAUGGACAAAUUCUCAUAUCCCCGGAGGAGGAGCCAACGAUGUGGACUCGAAACCGUGUCAGCAGCUGCCUGUCCAACCAAAGCAUGCAGAACCUUGCAGAUAUCGACACAGAAUGCAGUCCUGACCAUGGGGGCCUGUCAGGUGGCCCACGACCAAAGAACCAAGAUGGUGGUGUGAGGGCACUGAUCAAGAGACGUCUGGAGAACAAGGCCAAGAGGAAUAGCAACAGCCAACUAAACUCAUCGGGGCUAAACAAAGGAAGCAGGCAUUAUAGUUCCCGGGAGUCUGUGUCAAUUCCAGUCAAUGCCAUGGGGACUCUAGAUCUGAGCGCAGACACCAGCACUGUCAUCAGGCCAGUCCACAGCUCCAUUCUGGGGGAGAAGUACUGCUUCGAGGUGAUAAACUCUGAGAGCACCCAUUGUUUUGGCUGCUCCUCAGCUGCUGAACGUGAUCGUUGGAUUGAGGACCUGAGACGGGCUGCCCAGCCCAAUAAGGAUAACAUUGAACGCACAGAGAACUCCCUGAGUCUGUGGAUAAAUGAAGCCAAGGAUCUGCCACCCAAAAGGCGUUAUUACUGUGAGGUACACCUAGAUGGGACCUUGUUUGCCCGCACCAGCAGUCGAGCUGUUGGCAAGCCAAUGAACCGCUCCAGCCUAGCAGGGGACAGCUCCUAUGGGUCCUCAGGAGGCCAGGGGGCCAGUGGAGGUGUGGUUGGAGGGUGUCAACUAUUCUGGGGUGAAUUUUUUGAGCUUGACAACCUGCCCUUUGUCUCUCAAAUCACCUUGCACCUCUUCCGUGAGGAUGACCCCAAGAAAAAGCGUCACUCCAGAGAGGAGUCAAGCCUGCACCCACUGGGCAGUGUGGCUAUACCUUUAGCCGAUAUCCAAGGGAGGACCUUUCAGGAGAAAUGGUAUCCAAUCACUCCAUACAAGGCCUCAGGCACAGCAGGGACGAAAGACCUCCUGGGACCACAGGCGUCACUACGUAUAAAAUCCCGUUUCCAGAAUUUGAAGGUGUUGCCCAUGGAGAAAUACAAAGAGUUUGCAGAGUAUGUGACAGUGGAUUAUGUGGAAAUGUGCAGAAGUCUGGAGCCACUUCUGAAUGUCAAGGAGAAGGAAGAGCUGGCAGGAGCGCUGGUCCAUGUACUGCAAAGUAUUGGCAAGGCCAAGGAGUUCCUUAUUGACUUGGGUGGUGCAGAGGUGGAGCGUCUUGGAGAGAGGGAGGCACUGAUCUUCAGAGAGAACACACUGGCCACUAAAGCCAUUGAUGAAUAUAUGAAGCUUGUUGGCCAGAAGUACCUCAUUGAUACACUAGGAGACUUUAUCACCCGUCUUUAUGACUCGGUGGAGAACUGUGAAGUCGAUCCUCGUAAAUGCCCCGCCUCUGAUCUGUCAAACAAUCAGAAACACUUGAGGGAGGCCUGUGAGGAGGUGGCGAUGAAGAUUAUUGAGAUCCAUGGAACCUUUCCUGAAGAGUUAAACAAGAUCUUCUCCAGCUGGGUGGAGCUGUGCGAAGACCAGGGCAGACCAGAGAUCGGCCAGCGUCUUAUCUCUGCUUCCCUCUUCCUUCGCUUCUUAUGCCCUGCUAUCCUCAGUCCUUCUCUUUUUGGUCUGACGCAGCCUUAUCCAGAGCCAAACACCCUGCGUACCCUCACCUUAACUGCCAAAGUCAUCCAGAAUUUGGCCAACUUCACCUUGUUUGGUGAUAAGGAAGAGUACAUGCUUUUUAUGAAUGAAUUCUUGCAGCAACACUGGAAUGGAAUGAGGAGUUUUCUACAAACAGUGUCAAGUCAGGUCAAUGAAAUCCCGAUGACUUCUUUUGACGGCUAUGUGGAUCUGCCUCUGCGCCUGGCCGUGCUCCAUGGCCUGUUAGUAGACAUCAUCUAUCAGAGGGACCAGGACACAAUCGACAAGCUGCACCCUCUGCCAAUGAUUCUGAACCAGAUAACAGAGUCGCUGGGGUCUGAAGCACCUCGGAUCAUAGUCAAUAGCCAAAUGGGAAAAGCCAAGCCGGUGUAUGUCCCCCCUAAAGACUUGGACAAGUACAGCCCCCACCAGUCAUCCACCCAGCACCUCCCUUCGGACUCCAAAGGCCUACGAGAAGGGACUCCGAGGAAUGCAAGAGAGAGGAAGCCAGUCGCCAGAACUCAGAGUGCCCCUCACCGACGUCCCGGUCAUGCAAAACAUGUCUUGAAGAGGCAGACCAGUUCUGAAGCUCUGCCGAUUUCUGAGCAUGAUCAGGAGCUGGAGGCUAACCAGCCACUUAUCUCUUGCCCUAAUACUAGUGCCAGUGUCAAACGUACACCCGCACCUGUUCCCUGGAUCAAAAACAGCCACAACAAAGAAUCAAGUGAGAUAAAGGCUGGGAAUGAGGAGUUAAACUUACUCGACAGGCACGAUCAAGAGCUGUCAGAGCUUCGUCUGGGGAUAGAUCUGGUGACAGAGCGAGAGCUGGACAUGGCAAAGCGCCUGGAGGACUUCAUCAGCCAGAGCCAGGACCAGAAUGCAAUGCUGCAGGUCGAGUUGAAAGAGCUCCGGAAUCUGUUGGUGGAACGAGAGGAGCAGCUUGCCAGCGCCACCUUCAGGCUGGGUGUGAUUGAGGAAGAAAGAGAGGAAGAUGAGAGGAAGCUGAAUGUCGCUGUUGCAGCCGCUGAGCGAAUGAACGUACUGGAAGAACAGUUUGCAGGCAUGGUCAGGAACCUUCAACAGCUCAGCGAGGCCUCUAACAGCGGCCAAAACAACAUUCAGCAUCCUGAAAAGCCACACAUCAACAGCAACUGAACCCAGAUAGCUUAGUUUCGCAGUUUUGUAUAAAUACAUGCAGUAUAUAGAGUUCAUGUAGAAAAGUCGCAAUUUUGAUUUCCUGAUGAGAUGUAAGUUUAUUCUAUAAAGAUAUUCAAAAAGGGUGUGAGUGGGCAAACUCUGACUAAGGAUAAAAUUAAACCUACUGAAUUUCUCUGCAUUUCAGCUUUUACUGUAUGUAAGCUACAGCUGUUUGAGUUUUUCUGAUAAAUAAAAGAAAUAC